CGGUGGUUCUCCUUCUCGUCCUUUUCCUCUCGCGUGCCGCACUCUCUUCAUCUGCGGAGCCUCGCAACCACGAAGUGGAGGCUCUAAUGAGCAUCAAGUGGAGUCUCACUGAUCCUCACGGUGUGUUGAGUAACUGGGAUGAGUACUCAGUCGACGCUUGCAGCUGGGCCAUGAUUACUUGCUCCUCUGAUUCCCUUGUUAUUGGCCUGGGAGCGCCGAGCCAAUCUCUCUCUGGAACUUUGUCUGCAGCAAUUGGAAACCUAACAAAUCUUCGCCAAGUGUUACUGCAGAACAACAAUAUUUCAGGUCGAAUUCCGCCGGAGCUUGGAACCCUUCCAAAGCUUCAGACAUUGGAUCUUUCCAAUAAUCGAUUCUCUGGGGUGAUUCCUUCCUCUCUCGGCCAAUUGGAUAGUCUCCAAUACCUGAGGCUCAACAACAAUAGCUUGUCAGGACCCUUUCCUGUUUCACUGGCCAAAAUCCCACAGCUUGCUUUCUUGGACUUGUCUUAUAACAAUCUAAGUGGACCAUUGCCCAAGUUUCCAGCAAGGGCAUUCAAUAUUGUGGGAAACCCAUUAAUUUGUGGAAGCAUCACUACUGAAGGUUGCUCUGGAUCAGCAACUCUUAUGCCCGUUUCCUUCUCUCAAACAUCAUCACAAGGAAAACACAAGUCCAGAAAAAUAGCAGUUGCACUUGGAGUUAGUCUUAGUUGUGCUUCUCUCAUGGUUUUGCUCUUUGGGCUCUUUUGGUAUAGACAUAAACGACAGCACCAGGCCAUCCUGUUUAUUGGUGAAUAUAAGGAAGAGGGAAUUGUCAGCUUGGGAAAUCUCAAGACUUUCACGUUCAGAGAGCUCCAACAGGCAACAGAUAGUUUCAGCUCCAAGAACAUACUUGGGGCUGGAGGUUUUGGCAACGUUUAUAGGGGAAAACUUGGUGACGGCUCUAUGGUGGCAGUGAAAAGACUGAAGGAUGUUACUGGAAGUUCUGGUGAAUCACAGUUUCGAACUGAAUUGGAGAUGAUCAGUUUGGCAGUUCAUCGCAAUUUACUUCGCUUAAUUGGAUAUUGUGCUACUCCUAAUGAAAAGCUUCUGGUUUAUCCUUAUAUGUCCAAUGGCAGUGUGGCAUCCAGGCUUAGAGGCAAACCAUCCUUAGAUUGGAACACAAGAAAGAGGAUAGCAAUUGGAGCUGCGAGAGGACUUCUGUAUCUGCACGAGCAAUGCGAUCCAAAGAUAAUACACAGAGAUGUAAAAGCUGCUAAUGUUCUUCUUGAUGACUACUGUGAGGCUGUUGUUGGUGAUUUUGGCCUUGCAAAGCUCCUUGACCAUUCUGAAUCCCACGUGACAACCGCGGUCCGUGGCACUGUUGGGCACAUUGCUCCAGAGUACCUUUCCACUGGCCAAUCUUCUGAGAAAACUGAUGUAUUUGGUUUUGGCAUUCUCUUGCUAGAGCUCAUAACUGGAAUGACAGCACUUGAGUUUGGGAAAACUGUGAAUCAAAAAGGCGCUAUGCUAGAGUGGGUUAGGAAAAUACAGCAAGAAAAGAAGGUUUCGGUGUUGGUGGACAAGGAGCUAGGGAGCAACUAUGACAUGAUAGAGGUGGGGGAGAUGCUUCAAGUGGCUUUACUAUGCACUCAAUAUUUGCCAGCACAUCGCCCCAAGAUGUCCGAGGUGGUCCGAAUGCUUGAAGGCGAUGGACUUGCUGAGAAGUGGGCAGCAUCACAUAGUAAUAAUCAUGAUCGGAAUGUUAGUCAUGGCAUGACCCCAAGCAAUAACAGUGGCCACACAUCAUCCCGCGCCCCUGCCCCUGCAUCAAAGCAUGAUGACAGUGUUCAUGAUCGUACAAGCAUGUUUGGCACCACAAUGGAUGACGAUGAUGAUGAACGCUCCUUGGAUUCCUAUGCCAUGGAACUCUCUGGUCCUAGGUAAAUUACCAAGGCUUUCAAUAGGAAGAUUAGAAAAGAAAAGGGAAAUGAGAUCUAUUGGUCAUAUAUAAUCAUAAUUCUUUAUUUUUUUUUCUUAUAAAAUUGUUAUUAUUAUUAAACUUGGGUUAUUCUAGGAUUUAAUCAGUGUAUAUGGUUCUGUAAAACACAUUAUCAUGUUGGGUUUGUGUUUUAAUUGUAAAUAUGAGUUUGAGUGGAGUUGUGGUAGUAGUACAAAGUGGCGUGCUUUUGGAUGCAAAAAAGAACGGUAGAAAUCAAGGUGUAACUAGGUUUAGUGCGUAUAGUCGUAUAGGGUAGGGUGGAUGGAGUACAAUGAUCAUCAAAGAUUCUUUGCUCUCAAGUAUGUGAAUCAAGAAGAGAGGAGAGGGUGUCAUGCAGCAGAAUAUUGAUACUGAUGGUUUUGACUGAAGAAGGGAAGAGAGAGAGAAGGGAUGUGGGAUUUGGGAUGGGAUGGGGGCACAUGAAUUUUCUGUGUGUGUUCAAAACUUUGAAAGUGUGAGUGAAGGUCACAGAGUCUCUGCUUUUCAGCUGUUACAUGUCUUUUUCCUUCAGAUGCUUUUGCAGGGUCACGCGUUACUUUAUUCAUUUAUUUUCCCCCUCUCAAUACGGUCACCUCUUUUUAUUGGGUGU